AUGGCCGCUCUCCUCCCUUCAUCACCCGUCUCGUCGGUGCUUCGCCGACAAUACUCAAUGCUCUCUUUAUUCCUUAGAUCAAAUUCGUCUAGCAAGCCGUCAUUUUCGUCGCUAUCACAACCUCUUCCACGGACUCGGACAUGUAGAUCGCAAUCCCUAAACCGCCCGUUUAUAUCCCUCACCACACAAGCCCGUCAUAUCACUACCCGAAUCACUCGACCAUUCACACAAUCCAACUCCACAAAGCCAAACAAAUCGACACCCACAACCACACAGCCUGCUCCAGUCCAUCCUCCUCUUCCCCUCACGAACCUCCCCUACUUCAUCCGUCGCACCCCUUCAAACCAAUUGCCCGUCUACCUAGUAACCAAAGCUGGUGGCACGAAGCAGGAGACGAAGAUCCAGAAAACCGAGGGAGAUGUUGAUGCGCUAUGUUCGGAUUUGGCGAAGACACUAGGGAUAGAGCCGAAUUCCAAAGAUAUAUAUAUCAAUCGAUUAAAUGGACAUGUAGUUGUUAAGGGCUGGCGGAAACCGGAAAUCCAACAAUUCUUAUUAGAUCGAAAAUUCUAA